CGAGCAGCCCUCCUCCCGCGGACACGCGGCGCGCCUCAGGCCCCGCAGCCGAGCGCCGAGCGGCCGAUCCGUCGCUCCCGCAGCCCGCGCUCGCCUCGCUCGUGGCUCCACCCGCCGUCGUAACCCAUAACCCGCUAUGGAGCAUGCAUUUACCCCGCUGGAGCCCCUGCUACCCACGGGAAAUUUGAAAUAUUGCCUUGUGAUUCUUAAUCAGCCUUUGGACACAUGCUUUCGCCAUCUUUGGAAAAAAGCUCUCUUCAGAGCCUGUGCUGAUGGAGGUGCCAACCGCUUAUAUGACCUCACCGAAGGAGAAAGAGAAAGCUUUUUGCCUGAAUUCAUCAAUGGGGACUUUGAUUCUAUUAGGCCUGAAGUCAGAGAGUUCUACACCGAGAAGGGCUGUGAUCUUAUUUCAACUCCUGACCAAGAUCAUACUGAUUUUACCAAGUGUCUUCAAGUGCUCCAAAGGAAGAUAGAAGAAAAAGAGUUGCAGGUUGACAUGAUCGUGACCCUGGGAGGACUUGGUGGGCGUUUUGACCAGAUAAUGUCAUCUGUGAAUACCCUUUUCCAAGCCACUCACAUCACCCCUUUGCCAAUUAUAAUAAUCCAAGAGGAAUCUCUCAUCUACCUCCUCCAACCAGGAAAGCACAGGCUCCACGUAGACACUGGAUUAGAAGGCAGCUGGUGUGGCCUUAUUCCUGUUGGACAGCACUGCAACCAGGUGACGACAACAGGCCUGAAAUGGAACCUCACAAAUGAUGUGCUUGCCUUUGGAACGCUGGUCAGUACUUCUAACACCUACGAUGGGUCUGGGGUCGUGACUGUGGAAACUGACCACCCUCUUCUCUGGACCAUGGCCAUCAAAAUCUAACCUAUAGGGUGACACCCAUCAUGUGCCUCUGCCUUCCCUUAUCUGCUCAGUGGUUCAUUGUUCACUGUGAACAAUCACCUCAGUGUGCCGAGUUCUAAAUGUUUCCAUAGGAAGCUCUGAGCUGUCAAGAUGUUGGGGUUAGGGUACAGCUGAGCAGAGGAGCACUUGCUGCACAAGGGCAAGGCCUUGGGGAUCAACCCUCAGUACCACAAAAUAGAGAUGUUGGUGUUUAAACUUUCUAUAAAUGGUAUCUCAAUUUUAGAUUAAGAGAAAAUUAUGUUCUAUCAAAGUAAAUAAGCUUUAUUAUGCUAUAUUGGAAAGCUAAUGUAAAUCAUUAAAUUAUAUAAUUUAGUUCUGCUCAUUUUCAUUUAAUUAAUCAGUCCAUUUACCUUAAAAAUAUCUCUUUUUAAUUUCGAAGCACCAAAAACUGUUGUCAGUGUUGCCUUGGAGUCUAGCACUUCCUUAAAUGCCUGACAACGAGGGCUACCUACCUCUGAGUAUCUCCUACCAUCGGAGUCCUCUCUGUAAUGUAUAUCAUCUUCCCGUGCUAUGACAGGAUGGCACCGUUUCAUUUUGACAUGAUGUUUUAAAGGAUAAGAAUCACUGACUUAAUAGUUAGAUUUGAAAGCAAGCAGUUACAUGGGCUGUGGGUAAAUGAGAAGUGGUAAUUCAUGAGGCCCUCAUACAUUAACACCCCAAAACUUAAAAGUAAGCACUCUGAGUUUUGGAAAUGCACAGGCCUUUAUGAAAAUCAUGUUACACACCCAUAAGGUUUUUGCGGAGAAAUCUUUAUCUUAAAUACUCAGUCACUUUUAACAUACCUCACACUAAAAGAUGAAAAUUAAUUCGUGGACUAUACGUUUCCUGAAAUCACCAGAAAAUUAGUGUGCUUUGGAGAUAAAUGAACACAGCUUGCUGAGGAAUCAGCUCCUGAGGCCUGUUUCUUCAUCCUAGUCCACCAUGUGCCUGGUUCCUGACCCUCUUCUAGCUGUGAAGUAGAAGGGGCUGUAAUCAUUGAGUGUGGGAAAGAAUCCCAGCUACGAACUCUAAAUGCUAACACAUUACAGUUGUAGAGCAGAUAAGCUUGCUGGUGCAUAAUUAUGUCUCU